AUGGAGGAGCAUAGUCGGGAUAAUGCUCUUUGUAAAGUCUGUGGUGAUAAAGCAUCAGGAAAACACUAUGGAGUACCCAGUUGUGAUGGAUGUCGAGGCUUCUUCAAGAGGUCAAUUCGCAGAAAUUUGGAUUAUGUUUGCAAAGAAAAUGGACAGUGUAUUGUGGACGUAUCAAGAAGGAAUCAAUGUCAAGCAUGCAGGUUCGCCAAGUGUCUAGAAGUAAACAUGAAACGUGAUGCGGUUCAACAUGAAAGAGCACCAAGAACUAUAUCUUCAUUGGUUGCUGCAGCAAGAAGAGUACCCUCGGCUAUCUAUCCAGGAACCUCUCAUGUCUAUCACACCACAAGCAGCCCUUACCAUCCUCUUUUAUACCCAUCGCUCUUUUCAUUCAAGCCCAGUGUACCAGCUUUUACUCCAGGCGUAGCACAUUUUAUUCCAAGACCGCCUACCGAGCCAUUGACUGCCACCACUGCGAAGGAAGAUGAAGUGACAAGUUCCGAGGAAGCUAGAAAUGCAGUUCGAAGAAAUGAACAAAAAAGUAUUAUACCUUUAGUACACACUCCAUUGACAAAUCCAUCUCUCACAUCUUUAGCACCAGAUUAUGGAACUGGUCAGUCAUUUUUGCUCACGGAAAACGUUUAUGAAUCAGCAGCCAAACUUCUUUUUUUAGCUGUUAAAUGGGCUAGAAGUAUUCCUUCCUUUCUUGAGUUAUCAUUCAGAGACCAGGCGAUAUUAUUGGAAGAAUCUUGGAGUGAAUUAUUUGUUCUGACAGCUGCUCAAUGGAAUUUUUCAGUAGACGAAUCUAUUUUAGUGCCAUUGAUUUUACCGCCUGAAAGAAAGCAAAUACUUUCUGAUGAAUUAAGAAGAUUUCGAGAGUUGCUCGUUCGGUUCGCUAUUCUUAGAGUUGAUCACUCUGAAUACGCAUGUCUGAAAGCUAUAGCACUUUUCAAAGGAGAAUCAAGAGGACUCUGUGAUGCCAGCAGAGUUUCAACCCUUCAGGAACAAACAGUAACAGUUCUUGGUGAAAGGGGUGCUGGUAGAGUUGGUCGUUUGCUACUACUGUUAUCCCCUGUUCGUGCAAUAUGCCGCAAUGCUCUGGAAGAGUUGUUAUUUAAACCAACUGUCGGUGAAGUCAGUGUUGAAAGGCUACUUGGUGAUAUGGUGCGAGCUACCAGGCCGACUUAACAUUGAUUUUUUGAAAUAGCUAUCAGCUUAUAUUUUUCUU